AUGGCAGAGUCACAAUUACAAUUUAAUUCUUGCGGAAUUCCCACUAAUUUUGAUUUAUUCUAUGUAUAUAAUCCUAAGAAUAAAUAUGAUACUUUUACAUUGUCACGAAAUCAAAUCGGCAAAAAUCAUUCACCUUCUCGUCUACCAAGUUCCUAUUUACUUCUUAAAAAUUGUCUUAGGUUGGAAUUUGAAUCUCAAUUCCCACAACAUAAAUUAGAAAUGAGCAAUUUGUAUAGAUUCGCUUCAGAAAUAUGGAAAACUAUGCCAGAGGAGGUGAAAUCUAUAUACGUUAACAUUGCAGAGGAAGCAAAAUCCAUUUAUAAUAAAAAAGAAAUGUUUCCGAAUUAUAAAUUUAUGCCAAAAAAAAGAAUAAUGUUUAAAAGUAACUCACCUUCGCUUUCAGCGAGUUCGUUUUGGUUUUCACACAGACCAUACGAACCAAAGAGGACACCAAUUUUUCCUUCGCUUCAAGACAUUUAUCUUUCGUUUGAAGAAUCGACAAUUAACUAUUCAUCAAUUAGUCCUUUGCCUAGAGGAUUGUUGAU